ACAACGUCACCCGAUCCCGAUCUCUCCCAAAGCCUCAGCGAUAGUCGGCAACACAACACACUGUAUGUGGAGGCACUGGCAGAUCAGCGGGGCUGUGCGCAUAGCGGGAUAAAGCUACACUGUAUUUCAUAAACAAUACAAAAUCGAGGGGGGGGGGGCGCAUCCAUCCCACCAUUCCCAGAGAGUUUUCAACAACUUCACCGGCCUGGUAGUGUGCUGAUCUCUACCGCUGCACACAGGGAGCACCGGGAACUUACGGAACUCAAAACAGGGAAGGUGCCAGCAGAUCAGCUGUUACGUUCCUUGUGUAUUUUUAAAAAAAAGGCGACAUUUCCCUGAAGGAAGUCUCCAAGUGUUGGUAACUUCCCAGUUUCGCAGGAUCGAUCGAGGACCUCCCGCCCACUUUACCACUGAUCCCUGAGCCUGUGCGGAGGGAGAGAGUCGUGCAGCCGCAGCGGACGCUGGAUGCAUGGAGCAACAAAGGCUACAUGCCUAAACUCCAAUACCUGCUUUGAUAAGAACCCAACUGUCAUUCUAUCCUCGCCUGCUUUUACUCAAAAGACUCCCAUCACCUAAACCGGUCCAAUCUGCAACCGCUUGGAUCUCAUUUUUCAUUUCACCGGACCCGGGGCUAGGUUUCUAGUUAGAGCAAAACUCUGCCAGCCAGCCAAGAAAUCGUCGCAGACGUGAAAUUGGAUGCUUUGGCACGGAGAAGCGCAACGCCGAUCCUCUAGUUUUGCGAAAGUCUCCUACAGCUCAGUGAGGGACUACGACUAGUUUGGAACCAAAGUGGGAUUUGCACAAGUUGCAUGCUUGCUCUUUGUCGUCUCGAGUGAGCCCCCCCUGUUCAUCCACCCCUCAGGUUAUCAAACGAGAUCCGACGGAUAGUUGAGGUGCCAUGGCGAUGUGUGUGGGGAUUUGGAUACUCCUGCUAGCGCUGCACAUCCAAGCUGGCAGCGGGCAGAUGGUACAGAUGGACUCCGCUAAGUCCGGCUUUGUGGGCUCACAAGUGGAACUGCGCUGCAUUUUCGUCAACAGCAACCCGCCGGUCAAGAUCUCUCAAGUCACCUGGCAGAAGGUCCUUAACGGUAGCAAACAGAACGUGGCCAUAGCCAACCCGGCCUUGGGCGUGUCCGUCCUGCCGCCCUUUAAGGAGCGAGUUACCUUCAAGCAGGCCGCGGUCCGCCAUCGCACGCCCUCGCUGGAGGACACCACCAUCAUGUUCUCCGAGCUGCAGCUGUCUGACGAAGCGGCCUACAUCUGCGAGUAUACCACAUUUCCUGCGGGAAACCGUGAAAACAUGGUCAACCUCACUGUAUUUGCUCGGCCUAUGACACGCAUGACUCUGACAACGCCCACUAUCGUGGCCAGGGCCAGCAAACGCAAGAUGACUGUCGCCACGUGUGUGUCAGCCAACGGGAAGCCGCCGAGCGUGAUCAAAUGGGACACCAGGUUGAAGGGCGAAGCCACGUUCCAGGAGACUCAGAACCAAAACGGGACGGUGACGGUACGUAGCAACUACGUGGUGGUGCCGAGCCGCGAGACCCACAAACAGAAGCUGACCUGCAUCGUGACGUACCGGAACGAGAGGAUCACAGACAGCGUGGUGCUCAACGUGCAGUACGAACCCGAGGUGAAGAUCGAGGACUUUGAUGGAAACUGGUUCCUGAACCGUCAGAAUGUUCAGCUGACCUGCAGGGCUGACGCUAACCCCCCUGUCACCAUCUACCAGUGGAAACUCUUGAACGGCUCCCUGCCCAGUAAUGUGGAGAUCAAGAACAACACCCUGUUCUUCAAAGGACCGGUGACCUACGACCUGGCCGGCACGUACGUCUGCGACGCCACCAACAGCAUCGGGACUCGCACCGGCAUUGUGGACGUCAACAUCACAGAAUUCCCUAACAACAACAUGCCACCAGGGGGCGAGAUCAGGCAGGAGGCACACAAUGCAGGCGCCGCCAUCGGGGGCGCCGUGGGGGGAGUGGCCCUGUUGGCCGUGGCGGCCAUACUGCUCUUCGUAUUCCUGCGCCGCCGCCAGCGCACCUUCAAAGGAGACUACAGCACCAAGAAACACGUGUUCGGUAACGGGUACAGCAAGGCCGGCGGCCUGCCCGCCCACCCCCCCAUCCCCAAGAACCUCCAGUACCCGGACGACUCGGACGACGAGAAGAAACCCGCCCAGAUCGGCGGGCCCGGGGGGUUUGAGGCGAGCGAGCGUGAUUUUGAAGGCGAGCAGGAGGACCUGAAGAGGCCCUAUUUCACCGUGGAUGAAGGGGAGAGCCGAGAUUAUGACGAGCGGACUCUGGCCUUCCAGUAUGACCCAGAACCUGAGAUAGCCGACGACAUGAUCUCUCAAACCGAUGGCUCUGUCAUUUCUAAGAAAGAGUGGUAUGUGUAGUGGCAUGCAACCGCCAAGCCAAACCCUUUGUCCCCACCAACCUGCAUUCCACUGCACCCUUCACCUCCAUCACGACCCCAACCUCCCAUUCGUCACACUGCAACCCUUUCACAAUCCAACUCUCCCCCCUUCCCCAUCAAACCCCAUCCAACUAAUCUCAAUUAGAAGAGCAAGCGUCUAUUUAACGUGCUAGCAACAUCAACUUCUCAGCAUUGCUAUCAGUUCCAUCAGGUGAAUGGGCUAAGAAUACAAACUAAGGUAUGUAAAUGGACUCGUUGUCCAGGGAGGUGAUUGGUUACUUCAUAAAGGUGUAAUUUUGUGUAUUUUUCUUUCUUUUUCCAUGUUCUAAAUGUAUUAAAUGUAUAAAAAGAGACUGCUGGUUGAGGUUUUUUUUUUUUUUUUUUAUGCUGAGCACAUUUGUGAAAGUCUUACACUGGAUGUGCGAUUGUUUUUGUUUUAUAACCAUUGCCUUUUUUAUUGUUAUUUUUUUUUUUAUAAUGUCUUUUUGUAUGAUUUUUAAAGUGACCAGAGAGUUAACUGUUUGACAUAAUUACAGGUGGAGUCCUACGUGUUUGUAAUGUUGUGGUCAAAUGUUUCGGAGAAAAAAAAAGAAAGAAAAAAAAAGCCGUUGCCACUAAACAGUACCUGUAUGAUUUCUCCUGUUUCUCACUGGGGCUAGCGUCCAUGAAAUGACUCAUUUUUGUAUAUCUGCAGCAUUAAAAGCAGAUGGGUUAUUGCUGUGUUCCAAAGACAUGCUAAGAAUUAAUUGACCCCCCCCCCCCCCCCCCCCCCCCCCCCCCAUGUUAGUCGGCCUGGGUGGUUUCUUCACUGAGAGGGAGUCAGUCUAUUGAACCUACAUGGCGGAUGAAUAUUGAGUGUUUUUUUUUUCCAAUUGUUUCCUGAAAUUUCAAUCACGUUAAAUUGAUUUUCCACAUCAGUGAGUUGGAAUAACAGGGGAAGAGAAGGGCUGCAACAAUUUCUGCUUUUUCAGCGGUGCAUCCCAAUCACGUCCACAAGAGGUUGGAUGUGUCUCGGCCUCCACAGAAACCAUCAACAAUGCUCUGAAAUGUCACGAUUGUCACUCAACUUAAACAAGUUUGACCUGUGUACUCAAGCUCUUGAUCCUACCACUAUAAUGAAACGUAUGAAAUGACUUAUCAUAACUAUGAUUUGUUCUAACCCUUCUUUUUAUCCAAUGGAUGUGUGAGAAAGGUGUGCGGGAAGUUUCCCGACAAUGACUCUUCUUAUAAUUAUGUCACUGUGUGUGCUGAAGAAUUGGCUUAAGCCCCCCCUCCACCAACCCCCUGCCCGCGCUUACACCAACAGCAUUUUUUCUAUUAAGUGUCGUCGUCCAUGGACACAAAGGACACGGAUGGGAGGAAAAUGUCAACAGACGCUUUUGUUUGCGUCUGCAGAGGGAACAUUUGAACAUGUAAAGGGAAUUGAAAAUAUGAUGGUGGCCAUGCUGGAGUAUAAUAAGUCACCUGCUGCUUUCAUGAUGGGUUUUUUGUCCAUGUUUUUUUUUUCUUUCUAAAGUGAAUUUCAGUAGGUGUUUGCAGAUGAAAGGAAUGAAUGGAUGUCCUUAUCUUAAUGUUGGCAUCUGAAUUUGCCAAUAGGGCUGUCAGAAGGCACUAUAUAUAUAUAAAUAUAUAUAUAAUAUGGCUUUUAUAUCACUGUUAAUGAGUGCCAGUGGAUGCUAGCAUAGACAAAUUACUUGUUUCUCCACAUUGAAAUCCAUGAAAAAAAGUAAAAUGGGAAUUAUCAGAUACAACCGAAACAAAGGUGUAAAUCUGUGGAUACAAACGACACACCUGGCUGACUCUGAACAAUAUAAAAUACUAUAUUCAGCCUUAUUUUGUGCAUGUUUUGUGUUGGAGUGGAUGUGUGUAUUUUGCUUUUUUCUGUAUCAAUUUGCAGUGCGUUUGUCCUCAUUUGCAGCUGAAAAGGCGACAAUUUGUCAGUUUUGUCAGUAUUGACGGAGAUAAAGAGUUCAUGGGCACACAUCACCCAGGAACAAUAUUGCCGUUAACACACAAAAAAGUAUAUAAAUAUAUAUAUAUAUAAAUACAGAUUUAAAAAAAAACAUCUCUCAGAGAGCGGCCUUCUCUAACAGCUGGAGAUGUGAAUGUUUUACACCCCAUGCUUGUCUACUGUAUGUUUUUAGAUGAGCAUGUUAAUCAUGAGCCUCAAUUUAUAUAUUGUAUUUUCAACACAAUUUAAAAUUACAAAGUGCGAAAAAUCAUGUUCUGAUUAAAAGUAUGUUGAGAUUUUCUGUCCGUUUAAGUUGACUCCACUUUUAUUCUCUACGGCCUUGUUUCUGUUGUUCAGUUUAUCCACUUCAGUUCGACAACAUACGCGGGGAUUUUACAACAGAAAGUUUCAGAAUGAGAAAACCUAUAGUGCCAGUUGCUGGGUUGCUACUUUUUUAAAGUUUAAAAGCAAAAAUCCCAAUUUAGUUGCCUUUACUUUACGGUUUCGCCUGCAGGUGAGCUGCUCGGCUAUGACUUCAUAAUCCCACACAGGUUGCGUGUCACAGCACAAAAGAGACAAAUAUUGUUUUUUAGCGUUUCUUCUUGCAUUCAGUGCCUAUCAAAGUCAGGAGGCAGGAGGUAGUCGGAACAGUUGCUGCUCCGUCGUUUGAGUUAUUCAUGCCGCGGGAUAUAACCUAAUGAGUAAUAUUGAAAUAUGGCAUGGACUGCAAACCCCUUUGAGUCAGACAAGUGUUGGUUCUUCCCUUGCGGUGUAUUGUAGUUAGUGUAGUGGGUGUGUUAUUCUACAUUAUCCCAGCCCCUGCUAAAUACUAACAAUGUGUCUGUACUUGACAUUUAAAUCAAUUGGUCUUCUAAAAGCUGCAUUCAUUACCAUUUUAAAGUUUAGUGCUGACACAGCACCCCCCCCCCCCCCCCCCCCCCCCCAUCACACUUAACACUUUUGCAACUAACUAUAGUCACACAUGGCUGACUAUUCUAAGCACAACAAUUGAAACGCUAAUCUAGUGACAAGUGAUUUCAAGUUCUAUUUUAGAAAAAAUGCAACUUUGGCCCACAGCAAAGAUCAACUCUACCCCCCUUUUUAAAGCACAAGUUUAAGGUUUCCAUUUCACCUUUUGGUCCGCGUCCGUCGUGAAACCACUGCCACACGUGCUUCUCGGACGUGUUGGAGAAAGAGAGAGAAACCUUUCGGAUUGGAGUCGUCAUUCUGUAUACUGGUAGAUGUGAACAUUGUUUUCAUGUUGUCGGAUGUUAUGAGUUCCUAUUUUUGUAAUACUGAUUGUAACUUCAUUCCAUCCUAAUCUACUUUUUUGUAUUCAGUGUGUUUCAACAUUCCACUGUAAAUACUGUACAUACGGUUGAGAUUAUAGUUGGGAUUUGAUUAGGGAACUGCGUAGGGACCCUGUUCAUGUAAAAUAUACCGAUUUUGACUGCAAGCAUAGAGACUCGAUGAUGGCUAGAUAAAGUUGAUGCAUAGCUUAUUUCCAAAGUCCCACCUACAAAUGCUCCUCCAGUACGUUUUUUGAUAUGCCACUAGAGGCGUCGCUGUCAUACAAAAGGGGUGACGCGUACAGUUUGUCAAAUUUAAUGUUAUUGAAAGAAAAUCUAAAAGAGAGAAGCUGUCUGUAUGCAGCCAUGUGAAUGUAUAUUUCUGAGGGUGUUACAAAUAUGAAAAAAAAAAAAUCUCUUGUUCAAUUGUGAUGACCCAGUGAAGUAACUUGUAUUUGUUUUACGCAUUAAAUGAGUUCAAUAGUCAA